AUGACAUCACUUUUACGGAGGAAGAUACCGUCGGACUUCUUCUGCCACAUAAUUAUGCCUUUGGUUGACCCAAGAAGAUCAGCCAACAUCAUUCAAAAGAGAGUGAUCGAACAAACAAAGUUCACCGGAAGCAUCAUUCCGGUAACAAAGCUCCUCGCUGGGUUUAACUUGGUAAGUGUGACAACCCGGGGAGAGAUCCUGUUGCCUACAAAUACUGAAGGGGUGACCAAGACCACCUUAUUUGAAGUAGUAAACGUCGACAUGGGUUACAACAUAAUCCUCGGAAGGCCAUGGAUAUAUGAGAUAAAGGUUGUGCCCUCAAUAUAUCAUCAACUCCUGAAAUUCCCGACCACGGAAGGAAUCAAACAGAUAAGAUGA